GAAAAGACAGCAGACCAUUUUCAAUUUACGGCCAACUGCCUUUUGAAAACGUAUCUGCCGCGUACGACAUCGCGUUCGGCGCGAGUGAGGAACGCGCGAGCAAACGAAAACUCGAAGCGUUAAAGCGUGUGGAGGAACAGGAACGCUUACGUGCUUACAGCGUCUCUAGGCAACAGAGCGAAACGAGGGGUAAAAAGAAAUGUUGGGGAGCAAAGCGGGGUAAGAAGGGAGCGCGGAAAUUUACCAAACCUCUCGCGUGGAAAUCACCGUGGCCCAAGCAGGAAGCCGGUGAUCUCUCAGAUAUGGAAACCGACUGGACCGAUAUUAACUAA